UAUGCGAACGAAUUUCUGAAGUAUUUUUGUGAUUAUCACAGGGAACACGGGUUAUCCAUUCUCGACUUUCAACAUACUUUGUCUCCGGAAUGUCCAGGAAUGACGUUAUAAUGACGUUAUCUAUACAUGCAUACGCAGCAUAUCCGACGAUAAUAAUUUUGUUCAAUUAGGGUUGUGAUCACCGUUAAGGCAUUAACGCUCGACUGCUAACUACGAAGAUUUACACUGACUGAGAUGUCCUACCAACACCCUCCCGUCUCCCGUCGGAGAUACAGCUCCGUGGAGGAGACACGUCAAACGGCCCUCGAGACCAUCAAAACCACAUGGAACGACAUCGACCAUCUACUGCAGCCGCUGAGCGAAGUCGUCGUCUCCUUGAACGCUCUCAGUUCCCCCUCGUUGGAACCCAUUGCGCCCAUCGUCAGAUUACUGCAGAACGACGACACUACGAACAAGCUGAAUGCUUUCUUCGAAAAAGUCAUAUCUUCCCUGGCUGCUGCAGUGGCGCGCAUUCAGCUGCGCAACACCGACGACGCCGACGAUGUGAGCAUGCAGGAGGAUGCAGUGGACGCUUCCUCGGAAACGGGACAUUCCUCCAGCCAGGUCAUUCUCCUGGAAGAUGAAGUGCUGGAGUACUUGAUUUCGGCGAAUGUCUUGCUGAAAACCCUGGGCUAUGCCACACAUCCGCACUGUCCGGCAGCAGCGGCGCUCAUACUGCGCUGGAAUCUGCUGAGAAUUUUGGAGACGCUGGUGUCGUCGUGCUUGAAAGAUCCGCGCUUGCUGUCCCAUGAGUCCAUUUUAAUACCCUUGCUGGCGCUGUUUGAUGCCUGCACAGGCAGUCGACAUCCUGCUACGGAUCAGAAAAUGAUGGCGGUUAUGAAUGAACUGAUUUACUGUUUGAAGCAGGAGCCGGAGUUGGUGCAGUUUUUUAUUGAAGAAGAAACUCACACGGUGGAUGUGCAGUCCAGUGCAGACGAUGGGAUUCGUGAUUUGCGAUUAUUAUCCUACCUGUUUCCGCACGUCCACAACCCACUGGAAACAGGACGUUUGGCACGAAGCGCCGUUCUUGCUUUACUACCUAUCCUUCAACGUAACGAGCAGCUGAGUGCACAUGUGGCCGGAAAGUCAAGUUUUUCUGCUGUAUUGAUUAGUGGAUUAUGUGCAUUCUACCAUUCCCUUCCAGGAAAGCUUUUUGCCAUGUUUGGCCCGGGAUGGCAUAAAAUCAGUCCAUAUGAUCUUACAUGCUCUGUGGAUUUAGAGUAUUUUACGGAGUACAUGGUAUUCUGCAACGCUGCUGUUCAGUUGUCACACCCACUGGUGCAGUCCAGCAUCAUAUCUUUUUUCAAAAAAUUAUUUCUGACUCCUGUUGUGGGACCGGCUCUUGGUCAGGAAGCGUCGGAAGAUUUAAUUCAGUCAGUAGCAUAUCUGGAAUUUUUUAUACGGAUGCUACAUGAAAGGGCUUUGCGCACAGCGGUCUUGGAUCAUCUUAUAACUGCCAAAAUUAAUGAUCGGGCUAUCAUCGACCAUCUAACAGAAUGCAUAUUAAACGCAAACAGCCGAGUAGCGACGAUGAGCAUAGUGCUGUUUGACACUUUACUCAGUCUAAAUUAUAAACCUCUCCUGGAGCAUCUUUUUAUGCGCUAUCUGAAAGCUGCUCGCCCUUUUCUUCAAUCGGACGUUUUCCAGAGCGGUGAUAGUUUGAACAACGUAAUCCUAGCGGAGACAUUGUUGGAAUUCAUACCGCAGUGCUGUCAGCAGUUGGGAAUCGUCACUGAACCACCAGCUGCUCAAGAAUCCCAGUCUAGCCCAGGAAUGCUAAAAAAGCUAUUUGGGAGGAGCGAAAAGAUUUCCACUGCUGAUUUGCCGCCGGUGGAAUUGCCACCGUACUCGGAUUACUUAUUAUACGCACGCUACAAUUUGCAUUGCAUUUGGAGAGAAUUUAGUGAUUUGACAGAUGUGGACGGCAGUGUGAGCAGGGACGAUGCAGCCAUUCAGGAGACGAUUGGUCUUUUCCCAGAUUUGGAACUCCAUGGGGUGGGUAUAGGUGGCCCGUUUUUAGCUAGCAUAUUUUACAAACUGGAUCAUUUGGUGGAGCAUGACCUUUACUUUUCCCUUCAACUAACGGGACUAAUAGCACGGAUUAUGAUGUUUCCCUAUAAAGAAGUUUGGGCAUUUGUAUUUGGACAGAAUUACACUCCAGAACUGGCUGGAAGGUCGCUGAUUCAGGUCUUGGGGACACUGAAAUUAUACGUGGAUUCUGUCAUCCCUUCGAAUAGUCUGGGCAAAGCCCUUUUAGAACGGGUUUAUCGAUCGCUGAUUCCCCGGCGUGCCGGUUCUCCUAGUUCACAGACUCCCGUGGUUUCCACGCCUCAGCCGGAACGAAAGAGCUUGAGCUUUUUACGCUCUGGGCCAAAGGUUUCUGAGACCGAUUACGUCGACAGCAUCUUUUUGGAUGCUGAUACUAUAAUGGAAAGCGUCGAGAUGGAUGGACACGGACCAAGGUAUUCGCGUCGCAACAGUGCCGCUGGUGGGCCGGAUCAGCUGAAAAUUCGAAUGGCUGCAUACACGGCAGUUCUUUUGAACGAGUUUCUCCAGGAGCUGGCUGCUAUAUGCCACGAAAAAGCAAUUUUGACUGCCAUGAUUUCUUGUGAUUUGUUUGAUGGUGCCUGAAUUUUUUGUCUCCUUUUUUACUGUGUUCCUGUGCUGUCCUGCUACUUUAUUUCAAGUUCCUUUUGUUAUCUUUUAGCUUUUUACUAUUUUAAAGGUGUUUUCGUUU